CAUCGCAUACACCCCACCAAAAGCAAACCAAGAAAUGAGUGUUUCGAAAGAGGAAACAAAACCAAAGCCGUCAAGCACCGGACUUCAUGUCGGAGGGAGAAGAGAAGCUCGCAUGUCGGGGGAAGCCUGAAAACUGUCGUCUCCUUCGCAAGAGUGAAUCGCGGACCGUCGCUAGAGGGAGUAUCCAUCGCUGGGCUGGUUCUGGAACGUCUCGCCGGAGAAAACUACCUUCGUCGGAGAAGGAACUAGCCGCGCCGCCGGAGAAGGAAGAACCACCUCUGAGUUUGACGAUGUUGUCGCCGCUGCAGAACCAAACCGCCGUUUCAGACAACCUUGGUCGCACAACGAGGAAGAUGAUCGACGCUACUACUGUUGCUUCUUCAUUUUUCCUUAGGAACGACGUUGCAGGGUGAUCCUUAGAGACAAGAAUAGAAGAGAACAAGUAGGAGCAUCAAGACUUAAGGUGAUGAGUUGGAAGCUUAUGUUGACUGAUUGGUUGCUUGAACCUGAGAGCGAUUUAGAAGAUGCCUUAGUUAAAUAUAGUCAUGAAAUAAACAUUUAUUUAUUAGUUUUUAUUGUUCUGUUUUAGUUGCAUGUGCAUCCGGUUGAGAGAUGACCGGAUGUGGCGGUAACACCCAUUUCCCUAUUUUAGACUUCCGCUGUACUCUUUAAAUUUUAUUAUCAAUAAAUAAAAGUUUUAUUUCAAUUA